AUGAGUAUUCAACUUGUUACUGCUUUGGGUGCCCUUUCUGGAUGUGUUCUUUCUCUUUGUGUAGCUGAUCCAUCAGCUCUAGCUGAUGCUACCUCCAGCAGUUGGAUCCUUCCUUUUACAGCUGGAGGCUUCAUUUACAUUGCCACUGUUUCCGUAAUUCCUGAACUUCUUGAGAACUCAUCGACAGGACAAGGACGUAAACUCUGGAUCGUAAGUGCCCACGUACCUGCGGAAACCGCUGAGAACAACAGUAAGGACGCUUUCUAUGGUGAACUCAAUGCGUUGAUGUCUAAAAUACCAAGCCAGCAGGUGGCCAAUGUCGGAAUCGACGCAAAUGCGAAGAUAGGACUUGAACAGCAGACCGAUCUGCUACGAAAAUGGCAUUAUCCAGCGUAA